AUGGCUUCGACAUCUACACCAGCUCAUCCAUCUGAUGUGCCAACACCAAUAAAGGCUAAACCAAAACCACCAGCAAAUACACCAAAUUCAAUUAAGUUUCUAAUCGGUGGUACAGCUGGUAUGACUGCUACUUUAUUUGUUCAUCCAAUGGAUGUUGUCAAAAAUCGAAUGCAAAUGAGUGGUGAAGGUGGUGGUGCACGAGAACAUAAAACAAGUUUUCAUGCAUUACGAGCAAUAUUUCGUAGUGGUGGUUUAAGCGGUAUUUAUGCUGGUCUUUCAGCUGGUUUAUUUCGUCAAGCAACAUAUACAACAGCUCGUUUAGGAAUCUAUCAAACAUUAUUGGAACGUUUUCGACAACCAGAUGGUCGUCCACCACCUUUUUUUAUCAAUCUUCUUUUAGGUGUUGUUGCCGGUGGUCUAGGUUCAUUUAUUGGUACACCAGCUGAAGUCGCAUUAAUUCGUAUGACACUUGAUGGACGAUUACCUAUGGCUGAACGACGAAAUUAUGCACAUGUAUUUGAUGCACUCGUACGUAUUACACGUGAAGAAGGUGUUUUUAAAUUAUGGAGAGGUGCUAUACCAACAGCAACACGAGCUAUGAUUGUUAAUGCUGCACAAAUGCCGACUUAUUCACAAGCUAAACAAGCAAUUAUGUCAGCUGGUCUUAUGCAACAAGGUUUUCCAUUACAUGCUGUUUCAUCUUUAAUUGCAGCUUUUGUAACAACAGCUGUAUCAUUACCUGUGGAUAUUGUUAAAACUAGAUAUCAAAAUAUGAAAAUUAUACAAGGAAAACCAGAAUAUAAUGGAAUAUUUGAUAUAUUUCAACGUAUUCUUCGUCAAGAAGGUGUAUUCAGUUUUUGGAAAGGUUUUACAGCAUAUUUUUCUCGUCUUGGUCCACAUACAAUUCUUACAUUUAUAUUUAUCGAACAACUUAAUACUCAAUAUCAAACACGUAUACUUAAAAAUGAAUCUUAUUCAUCAACAUUAUAA